UUUCUUCCUUAUAUCCAGUCUAAACCUACCCUGGUUUAGUUUAAAGCCAUUACCCCUUGUCCUGUCACACGUGAAUUGUCCAAUUGAACACAAAUGUGUAUUGUCCAAUUGAAUACAGGCUUGUUCCACUGGAGGUGAGCGUUUACAUGGUAUAAUUCUAAGCAUUUAAUGACAGUAAAAAUCUGUCUUGAGUAUACUUUAAAUUUCGGAUUUUUAAACCCUCUUCUGAUGCCUUCGUAUGUUCAGCAUACUGGAUGUUUAUAGCGAAUGGAUGGUAUCUGAAGUUUCAAAAUCGUUAAAUCUGAUACUGGUAGAGAAACUACUCAGGAGUGAUCUUUGGACUAGAAAGCAACAGAAGGUGUUGACGUACAGUAGGGGAUCAGAGAAGAAAUUCUCAACAAAAAAUCCUGAGAAGACUACUGUGUUUCUCAGGUUUUGGUACUUAGGAUUAUUAAUAUAGUUAUUUUUCAGAGAGCUUUGGUUUAAAGUCAUAGCCCUGUGUUUCAGCAGACUAUGUAUUUUUAUAAAUAUACAUGCAUAUCGAUUUCAGAUUGUUAAAUGAAACUAGUUGAAAUCGGUUACUAUUGGAACUUGAUUUUAAAGCUAGAAAUACUUUAAAUCCACAAGUUUUCAAAACUUUAUAAUGAGGCACUGAACUGAGGCAAGUUCCAGACUUAAAGCAAGGAAUCUGUUGUGGCUUUCGGUAAACUAAAUAGUGAGCAUUGGUAUGUUUUUGUAGAACGUUUUGUGUUUAUUGAUGAUGGUUUUGUUUGGUUCUGCAAAAUUUCUCGUAUUUUUCUUCUGAGUUUUUAAGUUUUACUCUAAGCCACAUCAACAGGUUGCAAGGGAGGUUUUGAGAUUUUUUUGUAUUUGAAAAGGAGAGUCAGAAGAACUAAACUUAAUAUUAACUUUAUUCACAGUAAAACAUCUUAAAACUUUAUUCACAGUAAAAAAAAAAAAAAAAGGAAGAUAAAUUAGUUAUUUUGUUAUACUAAUAAAACUUCAAAGUAUUAAUACUGAAACUUUGAUCCUGCAUUCUUCUUUUUCUUUGCAAGGUUGGCAUUCACACCAAGGCAUGGUUUAUCGCUGGGAUAUUUCUACUAAUGACUAUACCAAUAUCUCUCUGGGGAAUACUACAACACUUAGUCCAUUAUACUCAACCUGAAUUACAGAAACCAAUAAUAAGGAUUCUAUGGAUGGUGCCGAUUUACAGUUUAGACAGUUGGAUAGCUUUGAAAUACCCCAACAUUGCAAUAUAUGUGGAUACAUGUCGAGAAUGCUAUGAAGCUUAUGUCAUCUAUAAUUUUAUGGUUUUUCUUUCAAAUUAUCUAACCAACCGGUAUCCAAACCUCGUAUUAAUAAUAGAAGCAAAAGAUCAGCAGAGACAUCUGCCGCCUCUAUGUUGUUGUCCAUCGUGGGCUAUGGGAGAAGUUUUAUUAUUUAGAUGUAAACUGGGUGUUUUGCAGUACACUGUUGUCAGACCAUUUACCACUAUUAUUGCUUUAAUCUGUGAACUAGUGGGAGUGUAUGAUGAAGGGAACUUCAGCUUCAACAAUGCUUGGACUUACUUGGUUAUACUUAACAACAUGUCGCAGCUAUUUGCCAUGUAUUGUCUGGUGCUGUUUUAUAAAGUACUACGUGAAGAACUGAACCCUAUCCAACCUGUUGGCAAGUUCCUUUGUGUGAAGAUGGUAGUUUUCGUUUCUUUCUGGCAAGCUGUGCUUAUUGCAUUGUUGGUGAAAGUUGGCGUUAUUUCUGAGAAACAUACCUGGGAGUGGCAAAGUGUGGAAGCUGUGGCUACAGGCCUACAGGAUUUUAUUAUUUGUGUUGAGAUGUUCCUGGCUGCUAUUGCGCAUCACUACAGUUUUUCCUAUAAACCUUAUGUUCAAGAGGCUGAAGAAGGGUCAUGCUUCGACUCUUUCCUUGCAAUGUGGGAUAUUUCUGAUAUAAGGGCAGAUAUAUCGGAACAGGUUCGGAAUGUUGGCAGGACAGUUUUGGGCCAGCCAAGGAAAAUGUUUUUUGCUGAGGAUCAUGAACAAAACGAGCACACAAGUUUAUUGUCUUCAUCUACUCAAGACCCAAUUUCUGAUGCUUCUUCAAUGCCAUCUUCACCCAUGGGUCAUUAUCAGGGGUUUGGACACACUGUGACGCCUCUCACAACACCAACGACAGCCCCUGCAGUUGAUGGUAUUUAUAACACUUCUGCUAUUCGAGACGCUGAGGAGUCACCCGAACUAGAGCACAAUUUAUCAGAAAAAGCUUUGCAUAAAAGUUAAGACUCACCUUUGCUUUGAGUGUGUCAAGGAGUCUGUUAGAUACUUGCCACACAUGUUCUAGUAAGAUGUACCAUUAGCGAUGGAAGUUGAAGAGCUUGGGAAAGCUACUGCGCAGGCAGGAAGAGGAUAUGGCUGUAACUGACAUCUCGGUUCUGAAUCUAUCAUGGAUGUGAGUAUCUGUGAGUAUCCCAUGAAUAUAAAACACGCACACUGUAAAGGUUUCUGCAUAAACUUAAUCAACUCCUUGAACUGCUAAACACUUACAUAUCAUGUCAAAAUUACACUGACUUUUAUUAAUACAAAAGAAACAUUUUAAAAAAAUACUCUGCGCUCUAAAGAUCAAGUGUAAAUACUACUAGCGUUGGGAAAACUUAAUUUCAAGAAUGUAAUUUAAGGAGGGUGAUGACAAAAAGUGUUUAUAUCAGCUUUGCUUGUCUUCUUAUAAGUUCCAUACCCCAGUGCUGAAUGGAGUGUGGACGAAAUGGUAACUUCUGUACAGACGCCAUCUUCUUCCCUUUCCUGCGUAGCUAUAUAAAACCCCUUGUGAAGAUAAUUAUUACAGAGCAUCAGUAAGGAAUCUAUACAAAGAAAGCAUUCCCUACAUCCCUCACCAUAAGAUUCCAUGCCCGGAACAUAUGGUUGGUGUAUCUGUUGUCCUCGUAGCUUAUAAUUUAUAAAUCUUAUAUAUACAGAAGAGACAGACAGGAUGAUAGGUUUUGGAUUAAUACCUUACACUUGACUUCUUUUUUCCUAUCCUUCUGAAAUAAGAAUAAUGGUUACUACCUUACAGUACACAGAGGGGUGGAAUAAAGGUUGUCAAAAAGGAAAAGUAGGAAACAAAACAGAUUUCUUUAUUUUGGGCUGCAGUAAAUUCUUUAACACUUAAGUUUUUUUUAAGCUGUUAAAGCAGGAUAUCUUGACAGUGUGUCUGUAGUAAUUUGUAUUCAUAAAUUUGUGCGUGUGUGAUUAUUGUAUUAUGCUUCUAGUAUAGCCUCGCUUCAAAUGUAAUAGUUGAUUUAUUUUUUUUUUCCCCCUACCACCCCGGAAAAGACCUUUGCUAAGGUAGAACUGAGUAGCUAGUCUAAUACUGGAGUUACUAGCAUUAGAUUUCAGACCAAGAAGUACACUUUUAUCAAAAUGUCAUUUUGCAAAAACUGACAAAAUCAGUGGGAUAUUUUUUUUAUCCCAUUACCAGAUUUUUACUGCUAUUGCAUGUUUGCAAUCUGACAAAAAACCAAACCAAAACCUAGAGCACUGACCUUUGAAGUGACAUCUGAAAUUUCUUUUUCAGCAUUGUUAGCAUUUACAGGAUAUGUUUUAACUUCUGGCUGUCACAGUAAAUUCAUCUUAAGUGCUUUUUUUCGCAGUACUAGUGUGAUGUAAAUAUUGCGCCUUACUCACUAGGCUGCAUAUUUUAUAGUUGGCUAUGUACUUGCUGUAUCUGAAGUUAGUGGGAAAGUGCAAAUCAUAAUUUUCAAUUUGCCAAGUCAUUGCCUUUGUUGUAAAUAAGCAAUUAAAGAUUUUAUUUAAACUGUUCACCUUUCAAUUUGAUUUACUGCUACAGUAAUCAAAGAGUGUGAAUGACACAUGAAUACAACUGUCCUCUUCAAGGAAGAAGGGGAUGUUAACUGUAGUUAGUAAGAGAGUUUGUGCUUUUAGUAGUUUAAAGCUUGUACCAAAAAGGGAAUUCUUGUUUGAGCUUUUGAAGAAUCAGAAUCUGGUUAUUUAUGGUUGAUUCCAGGUAUCUCUUUAUGCAUGUAAUAGCCAUGUUCUAAAAGAAAACAACUUGUAAAAGCUUACAACACCUGGGGACUUCAGUGCCCACUGUAGCCACUAUUAGAAAUAAUCUGAUUUCCUGCAUGUAUACAGGUAGAAAGGGGCACUGGUAGAAAUAGCAUCUGAAGGAUCAGAGCUGCUGGAAGCUAAAUAGCUACUGUGUUCUAGCUUUUCAAAAACCUCACACUGAUGAAUUUUUUUUAUACUUGAAAUUAUGUCUGUCUGGUAUAAAACUUAGGUAAGGUACGGAGAAGGGACUUUGAUAGGAAAACAGUUAAGUGUCCUGGUUGCCACCUUUCACAGCAUUUCUGGAAAGCUACUGAGUGAGUUAUUUCAUUAUUACUCAGUUAUUGCAUGUGCACG